AUGGGAGACUUGAUUGAUCAGCAUACUAAGAAUUGGAUGGCAGAUUAUGUUAUAUCCCUAUUCCCGUUUCCUCUGGCUUCUACAAUCCUUCAGAUCCCAAUUUCCAAAACUAAUUCUGUCCAAGAUAAACUUCUUUGGAAAUACUCAAAAAAUGGGGAAUAUCAAGCGAAAAAAGCUUAUGAUUUUUUAGCAAGGGAUCAUUUAGUUCAUCCUAGGCAUGAUCAACCUCAGAUGGGAAGUUGGAGUAGAAUCAGGAAAGUGAAGGUUCCUUUAAAAGUUAACAAUUUCAUUUGGAAACUCAUGCAUGACAGACUGCCUACCCUUCUCAACCUAAAUAUUAGAGGCAUCUCAAACUCCAACAUCUGUCCUUUAUGCAAUGAAGAAGAGGAAACAGCAACUCUCCUCUUUUUACUCUACCCUUUUGCCAGAGCUUGCUGGCAUGGAUCCACUCUAGCCAUCCACUCCUCAGAUUAUAACACCAUCUCUGUUCAACAAUGGUUAACACGGCUAUUAUCAAGAUACAAACAGAGAGACCCAGAUUCUAUGUUUUAUUUGCAAGCCAUCUUCACCACUCUUUGGACCAUCUGGAACUAUAGAAACAUAGUAGUUCAGCAAGGGAUAAAUCCAAACCCCAUGGAUGUGAUUCUAACUGGCCAAAAUUUAUCUUGCAGGUACAAGGAAGCUUUUUCAUACCACAACACACACAGUGACAGAUUUGACAGAAGCACAAGAACAGAUUACCAGUCAACAGCAGGGAACUGGCAACUAAUCAUCAAAGUUGCUGGAACUAGGAGCAGAAAACCAUAUAGGAGUGGCAUUGCUUAUGAAGCUAUUACUGUUCAGGAAGAUAGGGUGUUUUUUGGUGCAGUUAGCAGCAAGGCUAGAACAAUAGGUGGGGCAUUGCUAGAGGCUGUGGUUGAAGCUGAAAUAGCAGCAAAAAAUCAAGGCUUUCAUCAAGUUUUGUUUCUAAGUGAUAGCAGGGAUCUUCUUCAGUCCUUCAAGAAGAAAAAGGCCUCAGAUUGGCUAGAUAACACUAGAAUAGCUGAUCUAAUUUUCUUGACUCAAAAUGGCAUUUGGUUGUUAAAGACAUCUAGUCUGUAG